AUGGGCCCGACUGAGGACGCCCACGUGAAGCUCCUCGCCCGGGAGCUCCUGGGCCUCGCCGGCAGGUCGGCCUCCUUCUGCAUGGCGGGCGGCCGCGCCGUCUCGAGGGCGGAGGCCGUGGGCGUGGUGGUCGCCUGGGAGCGGCGAGAAAAGCUCAUCCGCUUCCUCCUCGACGACGGCACCGGGUGCAUCCCCUGCGUCCUCUGGUUGAACCACCGCCUCCUCGCGGGGCGGCCGCCGGGGGGCGACGGCCGCUCCCCGGCAAUCCCUCGCCACCUGGCGGGGCGGCCCCCGUCGGAGGUCGAGAUGCUGGCCCGCGCCGCCGAGGGCCACGCGUCGAGGGCUCAGAUGGGGGCCCUCGUGCGCGUGCGGGGCCGGCUCACGGCGUUCCGCGGGACGCUGCAGCUGACGGUGGGCGGCGUGGUGGCGGAGAGGGACCCCAACGCCGAGGCGUUGCACUGGCUGCAGUGCCUCCGCCUGGCUCGCCGCUGCCACGGCCGGCCGACGCCGCCCUACCCCAUCAACCGCUCCGCCACCGGGAACAAGAGGAAGACGCCCUCCGAAGACGGCUGA